AUGCCACAUCACCUCGCCGGCCUCCUCUCCACCGCGCCGCGGCCAGCCAGCGCCCGGAUCCGCCCGCCGCCGCCUCCGCCCGAACGCCGACGCGCCGCCGCUGCUCCACCGGCCGCGCCGCGCACCGCCGCCUGCUGCGCCACGCCGCCGCCCGCUGCCACCCGCGCCUGCAGUCGCCGUCGCCGCUCCACAGCCGCACCCGCGCCCCCGCCGGACCUCGCCGCCGCCGCCGAAGGUCGCCUCCUCCUCACCGCGCCGCUCCUCGCCGGCCUCCUCCUCGCGCGUCGUCGGAGUUCGUGCCGGAGCUUCCUCCGCCCGGAUCCACCUUGGGUGGAUGAGAUCCACCAAGCCCCCAUCCAAACACAUUGCGCCCCGUCCCCGGAACCACUCCGUCCAGUUUUCGCGGGGUAA